GGGGGAGGCUUUCGACGGGAGACAAUGAGCGCGGCGCCCGGCAACGAGAGCUCCCGGUCGGCCGCCCCAGCGCCGAGCGGAGGCGAGGGCCACCCCCGGGCGAGGGACAGCGAUCCUCUGUUCAUCAGGAACAGCUCCUUCAGGAGGAACUCCCAGACCUCGACGGCGAGCCUGAGCCGGGAGAUCGGCGCCGCUUCCAGCAUCAAAGCCCCUCGCCCGGCGUUCAUCAUCACUUCAGGGGAAUUUCUGCAGCACAGCUCGGAUUGUAACAGCAGCCCCGGGCCACACUCCACCACCAGGACCCUCUUCUACAAAGGCCUCUGCCUCCUCCUGCUGCUGUGCCAGGGGGGUCUCCUGGAUUUCUACCUGAUCAUUUUCACCGACCUGUACUGGUGCUCCUGGAUAGCCACCGACCUGGUGGUGAUGGUGGGCUGGCUCAUCUUCUUCAUCAAGCACUCCAGGCGGAGAGCAGACGCCGCCAAAGCGGCCCCCGACAGCGGCCAGUUCGCCUUCUCCUACCUGGCCUGGCUCAUCUAUGUCAUCGCCUGCACGCCCAAAAUCGUGCUGAUCCUGGAGACCUCCAUCCUCGACCUGAUCGAGUUGAAGGUUCCUCUGGGCACCACCGGCUUUAAGAUGGUGGUCCUGUCGUCCGUGCCCUUGCUGUACACCCUCAUCAACUCGGUGACCGAGGAGCUGAGCUGCUACAGCAGCCACCGGGCGCAGCAUUAUUACAGCCGGACGUGCCUGGACCUCCUGGACAGCUUCACUCUCAUGGAGCUGCUGCUGGCCGGUCACAUUCCCAGCGUUUACCUCAAGUACACAGUCACCGCCGUCUACUUUGUCGCGUUUUUCGUCCCGGUUCUCUGGCUCUACGAACUCAACUCGUUGCAGCUGCACUACAAGUGUGUGGUGUUUCGCUUCGUGUCCAGUUCCGCGGUCAAUGCCCCUCUCUUGGUGGUCAGGUGCUUUCUGGUCUUUAUUUAUGACCAGCAGGUCUCGGUGUUCCUUUUGAAGAAUGUCUUUUGGUUGUGUUGUGAUUGUGCCGAGGUGCUGGAGAGAUGUUGCAGCGUGAGACGCGUCCGUAAGUACUCGAGCCCUCCCGUGCAGUUUACACAUUGCAUUUCGGAGAAUGAGAUGUGUGCACAUGGCUACGUGAACACAUUGGCAGUGACCGCUCAGUCCUAGCAGCAGUUGCAGCUGGCCUUUCAAUCCAAUUUGUAGGGAUUUAUCGUGACAUUUUAUUCUUUGUAAACUCUUUUGUACCGGUACUUGAGGAUGCUUUUUAAGUGUUUGUGUAUCAAUUCGUAUUGGUGCUAGUAUGCGAUUUCUGCACAACGACUUGGGUAUGAGAAAACUAUUUUUCUGGACCAGCUGUGCAUUAUUAGAGUGGUGCUGGAAAAGCACAGCAGGUCUGUGCUUCAUCAGGAAUCAGCCCUGAUUCCUGCUGAAGGGCUCCUGCCUGAAACAUUGAUUUUCCUGCUCCUCGGAUGCUGCCUGACCUGCUGUGUUUUUCCAGCACCACUCUAAUCUCCAGCAUCUGCAGUUCUCAUUUUCGCCCAGCUGUGCAUUAUAUCAAGCUGAGCCAUUCCCUUUAUUUACGCUUGCAGUUGAUUGGUUUUUGUGAAUUGCCUGCCUCAGUUAUUCACGUUCAAGGCUGGAGUACACAGUUUGUGUCAAGUGGACAUAACCGUAGUAGUAAAUGUGGGAGGUAGUUUCCCUGCCAGGCUUUAGUUUUAACCACUGGGACUCCGUCGUGAAUUAAUCGCGAUACUCGAAGGAAUCUUAAUGUUUAAUUCCGUGUACGUUUAAUUUUGAGGUCCGGAAGUACUUCGAUUCGGUCACAUUCCCGGGUGGUCUGAAGUCACUUACAUUGUAAAUGCAAUUGUCAAUAUGAUAUAGUUUUAAAAGAAAGUAGGCUUCUACAACAAACCAGGAAUUACAGGGAAUAUAAAAAGUAAGUUCCAUAUAAGAAAUCUGACUUCAGUGGUUUACCACUUUAUUAAACCAACACAAAUCAAAACUACUCAUAUCAAACUUAAGCACAAAUCAUUUGCACUGAUGAGACACGGAGAAUGGAGAGUACAGAAUAGAGUUAACUCCGAGGGUUAAGUGAACGCAUUUGAGAAUAUUUACACCAAUGUCAAUACAUAGGUCUGUCAUGCAAUGGUGAGAAGAAAUGCGAGCAAGUGUACACCGUCAACUACUUGGUUAUAAACCUAGUUACAAAAUAUGCAAAUAUGUUUGCAACAGGGUCAAAUGUAGAAUA